CUUGGGAGGUUUGCUUCUAUUAUCCCUGAUACCAGGCAUACUCACUGUUCUCCUGCUUCACCCUACAUACAAUGUCAUCCCUCAGUUCUUCCUCAACAUUCAGAUCUGAGCGUUACAGCAACUAUAGCCGGCGAUCGUCAGGUGACCCCAGCUUCGAUCAAUACCUAGACGCGACGAGGGAUUUAUUUGAGGAAGAAAUGGAAAAGACCUCCUUCAGGAAUGGUCAUUUUGUAAGGCCUAGAAAUGAAUCAUUUGGAUAUGCAGCUCCAGUAUCUGGGCGUCAGGGAAGCCUUGGAAAUGUCAACAUUAUUGGUGAAACUUACCAAGUUACAGCUGAUGUCAGUCAGUUUGAUCCAGAAGAGAUUAUUAUCACCAUGUACAACUACCACAUAGUCAUCAAAGCCGAAAAGGUAGCUUCAGAUGGAACCAUCAUAAACACCUUCACUCAUAAGUACCAGCUCCCUGAAGACAUGGAUCCCCUGUCAGUGAGCUGCUCGCGAACUGAUGUCGGUAUUCUUACCAUCAAUGUUAGGAGGAAUCCAAUGAAACAAGCGGAAUCUCCACAACCAGUUUUGGACUGAAGUUCAACUGUAGAUCCAAUACAUAUUUCUGAAGGAACUGGCUGGUCAGGCAGCAACUGUGGAGGAAAAUAAACAGACAAGAUUUGGGUCGUGGCGCUACUUUAGUCUGAAGAAGGGUCCUGACCCAAAAUAUCUUCUGUCCAUUUCAGGUGUAUGGAACAAGCUGCCAGAGGAGGUAGUU